AUGGCUACGGUUGCGCCCUCUGCUCUGACAUGUACUUGGCCUGUACUCGAAGCACUUGGCCAGCACAGCACGGCAGAGUCAUGUGCCCUUUCGUCUCUCGCGGUUAAGCUGUAUUACAAUCGACGCGCACAAGCUUCGAUCGACUCUGCAUGUGGUCGUCUGGAUAUUGCGAGCUGCUGCCAGCUUCGACGCUUGGCCGAGAACGUACGCGCCAGUGCACAGUGGAGCAGUGGAAUCUUGACCAGCCAGCCUCCCCUCCCGUAUCGGCCCUGCAUGAACUACACCAAGGCCGACCCCACGCUUACAUACUGUGCUUUGUGUCACCCUCCGCUCCAACUGGCAGGCCGGACGGCUGCAAAGACGUCCAGUAGCCUCAGCGCGGGGAAGCACGUCGCUGACUGGCCCACAGCCGCUGUGUUUCGCUCAGCAUACGUCAGAAACCCAAACCCCUUGGACGCUGCGCCUAGCCAAAGUACGUAA